AUGGAAAACUUUCUUCAGGAUCUGGACAACGCACCUCUCAUGCUGCCACCGUUCUUCGCACAGUCACCAAUCGCUCUACAACAUAAAUUAGAUGAGAGAAUGAAUUCGGACGCUCGCAGGUGGGCAUUUCAACCGCAAUCUACGAUGUUGAUGGGGGUGAACGUGGAAUUGGUGAACCGAGAUCUCUGGCAGGAAUUCUAUGAGCAAAACACGGAAAUGAUAAUUACGAAGUCUGGUCGGCGUAUGUUCCCGUCGAUGCAAAUAAACGUAAGCGGAUUACAAAGACGAGAGAAUUAUUGUAUCGCUUUGGAAGUAAUAUCGGCCUCCAAUCAUCGAUACAAAUAUUGUGGGCAUAACAAUGAGAACAGAAGUGUUAUGAAUGGCUGGAGCUUCGCAGGACCGGCAGAACCGCAGCAUCCCUUUGAGCGCAGGAUUUAUAUUCAUCCUGACAGUCCUGCAACAGGAGAGCAUUGGAUUAAUAGUUCGAUCAGCUUCAAUAAAUUGAAGCUCACCAACAAUAUCAACGAUCACCAUAACGUAGUGUUAACAUCGAUGCACAAGUACGUUCCUAAGAUUUGGAUAAUCCGGUGCAACGCUUUCGACCACGUCUACGAUCUUUUUUCUCAUCCAGCUGAAUCGUUUACUUUUAAGGAGACGGAAUUUGUUGCAGUAACAGCUUAUCAAAACGAGAACAUUACAAAGUUGAAGAUCAACAAUAACCCAUUUGCGAAGGGUUUUCGCCCGACGGGACAAUCACGGUUCAAACGCAAGUAUGAUCAGCAAAGCCAGUCAGACUCCAGCCACACGAAUGACGAAGGGGACAGCGUUUCUUGCUGUGACUCCGAAUCAAAUCACGUUGAAGCGAGCGAACAAAGUAGCUCGGAGAGUAACUCGGAAAACUCAACGCAGGAAUUGUCGAAAAGACUCGCGGUCGAGAGUAACACGGAGAACGACGCAUCACGUGCUGGACCAGCCACAGUAAACCCGCCAAUACCGAUCUCCGCGAAUUUAAGAUCACCGUUGACAAACGGAAACGAUCAUAAUGAGAUGCGCUUUCAUAGACCCUGGCUGGACUCACCGUCGAAGCAAGCGGUCCCCACACAAUCGUUGUCCAGUUCGGAUUAUUCACGGGAUAUAUACUUGGAGUAUAUGAAUAAUUAUAUGAGAUACUACGAUUAUCAAAAACGGUUACGUAAUUAUUACCGUUCCACACUUGGAUAUAAUAACUGUCAUUACUAUUGUUAGAACUUGUGGUGAUAUAAGCAGAUAAAUGGUGUUUUAUUUUUUAUCUUGCAAUUUUGUUAAAAUAAAUGUUUUAUGGUGAAGAAUAAUAUGUGGGAAUAAUUGAUUCGGAUUGAAGGUGCCAUUAGAAUUGCUAUUAGAAAUGAUUUUAUGUAACAUCUGAGUAACAAAAUAUGCAAGAUGUCUGUAAUAAUCGCAUUAUUAUGCAUAAUGAUAUUGCUAAUCUUUGUUAAUUAAUUUCUUAUUAAUUACUUCAAAGUUUGCAAAAUUACAGAGGAUAUUUCUGCAUAGUUUAACCUACUCUAUUUGUAAAUGAGAGAAGAUGAGGAUUAUUAUAAACAUUUUGUGUGUAUAUAAAUAUAUGCUUAUAUAUAUUAUUAUUACAUUUACUAUUAUCUUGUAACAGUCUGUAUAAAUAGUUUUAACAAUAUAAGUUAAAGUCCUAUUUUACAAUUUGAGCAUUUCACAUUCUACACAUGAAGAUUUAAUAU